AUGUUGAAACAUUGGAUAGUGUUGCUGGUUGCGGCUGGCAGUCAAGUCCUGUUUGAUGAGUUAUACCGAGAGGCGAACAAGACAAGUGAGUGGCAGGUUUCGUUACGGCGUGAGCUUCACAGACACCCGGAAGUCGGAUUGGCUACUCACUGGACAAGCGAGCGCAUUGCGAAAGAGCUGAAAGGGUUUGGCAUUGCUUACACGGCCGGUUGGGCAAAGGACGGCGACGAGGGAGGUGCGGGGAUAGUCGCGCAUAUCGGCAGUGGCCGUGAGCCGGUGGUGCUGGUUCGGGCGGACAUGGACGGACUGCCGAUAUCUGAGGCAACGGGUUUGCCGUUUGCAAGCGAGGUACCGGGCCGCAUGCAUGCGUGCGGUCACGAUGUUCAUACUUCCGUGCUUUUGGGGGCGGCGCGUCUGCUCAAGAGGCGAGAGGCGGGUUUGAAGGGGACUGUUCGCCUCAUGUUUCAGCCGGGCGAGGAGCUUGGGCUGGGCGCGACCCUAAUGGUCCAGGAAGGAGUCCUCGGGAAGGAACCGGGGAGCGCAAGCGCCAAGACAGCAAGCGCCAAGGUAGCAAGCGCCAAGGUAGCAAGCGCGUUUUCGAUGCACGUGAUGCCGAUGGUUCCUACUGGAGGGUUUGUGGCUACAGCAGGACUUCAGUUGGCCGGUGGGAACCAUUUUACUAUUGUCUUGUCGGGCGUGGGAGGGCACGCUGGUGCGCCUGCUGUGGCCCGUGACCCUGUAGUUGCGGCAGCUGCGUUGAUUUCUGGGGCACAAGCGCUUUCGUCCCGUGAGACGUUCGGCUGGGGACCUGAGCGCCACGGCCUUAUCUCGUUUACGCAGAUCUCGACUUUCGGGGGAGCGACAAACGCCAUCCCGGACGGAGUGUCCUUGAAGGGAACCGUUCGGAGUGGUGACCCAGCGGUUAUGAUGCUCAUGAAGGCGCGCCUGCAAGAAAUGGCGGCCUCGCUCGAUGCCGGCUAUCACAUAUCGAGCACGGUCGAGUGGAUGGGAGACAUCCCCAGGCUGUACAAUGACCCCGACCUCAGUCUUCGGCACUCCGACCUGGUUCGUUACGCGAACCAGGGGGUUUCUUUACCCAAGUUCCACUUCUUGUACGCCAUGGAAGAUUUUGCUUUCGUUAGCGACUUGGUACCCAGUGUCACCGUCGCCUUGGGUAUCGGAUCUGGUGCUCAGUUGCCCUCACACAUUACUACCAACACUAGUCUUCAUAACCCGAAAUUUGCUGCAGAUGAGCGAGUCAUGCCAAAAGCCUCAGCACUUUUUGCCAGCCUGGCCAUAUCCGAAUUGGAAUAUAGAAACACUGAGACCAGAGGCAAAACUCAAGAACUAUAG